AUGGCUGAUUUGAUUACUACCAAGCUAAAUCCUGAUACUCACAUCAUUCUUGAUCAACCUCUCCUCCGACUCCCCCUCGAAUUACUACGAAAGAACUUCAAAGUUGCUCAAUUUAACGUCGAAAAGGAAAGUACAAGUGUAAAGGCCACUCUCCGAGAGACCGCAGAUGCAUCCCUCAAUGCGAACGCAUCUCCGGACGAUGUUCUCAAAAAUGUCGACGCCAUGUUAGCUCGAAUGCGAGGUUUAAAGAGGAAGCUCCAAGCAUGCGCAGAAGAGGACACCAGACUCCAACAACAGUCUUACCACCGAAUACAACAUUUGAGCUCCCUAUAUGAGAUGAAGAGUCUGGAUGAUGUAAAAUAUGAAGCAUGGAGCAGAACACGACUGGAUCGUUUAUUGGUGGACUACCUUUUGCGAAAUGGAUACAAGAAGAGUGCGACAGCUCUCGCGAGAGAGAAGAAUAUCAACCAACUGGUGGAUGUGGAAACCUUUGUACAAAUGAGUAAGAUAAGAGACAGUCUAUGCAAAGGCAAAGUUGCCGACGCUCUGUCGUGGUGCUUGGAGAACAAGAAAGAGCUCCGGAAGAUGGAGUGUAAUCUGGAGUUCAUGCUCCGCUUUCAGCAAUAUAUCGAAUUGGUUAGAACGCAAGAUCAGGUGAAGCUAGUUGAGUCGAUUACACAUGCGAAGAAGUAUCUUUUACCUUCCCGAGAGACCUACCCAAAAGAAGUACAACAAGCCUGUGGGCUUCUGGCAUUUCCUCCGGGUAUACAAGCCAGUAGUUAUAGUGAACUAUACAGUUCAACCCGCUGGACCGAGCUCGCCAAACUAUUCACAGAAACCCACAACAGUUUAUUAGGACUCCCCUCAGUACCACUCCUCCACAUCGCCCUAUCAGCCGGCCUCUCCGCCCUCAAAACCCCCACCUGUCACUCCUCCCACGCAUCCUCCAUCUCCCCCACCUCCUCUUCAACCACCACCUCCGUCUGCCCCAUCUGCAGCAUCGAGCUCAAUGACCUUGCUCGAAACGUGCCUUAUGCACAACAUACCAAGAGUCACGUCGAGAGCGAUCUUGUUGUAUUUCCCAACGGUUGUGUGUAUGGAUUACAGCGGCUUGAAGAGCAUAGUCGAAAGGCCGGUUUGAGUGAUGAUAAACUGAAGGAUUUAAGGACGGGUGAUGUGGUUGAUCGGGAGAAACUUAAAAAAGUUUAUAUAUCAUGA